CGAGCGCCGCGAGUGCACGCGUCCGCCGUGCGUGUGCUGUCGACGCGCCGAGCCGCCGCCAGUGGAUGCGUCAGGAGUGACAUGGGCCGGAGGGCGGGAGCGUCGCUCGGCGUGUGACCACUGGCCGGGAGCAGGUGCCCGUGAUGGCCCGAAUCUGGGACUGGCUGCUGGCGUUGCUCGGAGUAACGUUCCUGUGCGCGAGCGCGUCCGCCACCAAGAACUACUACAUCCAUUGGAAUACGUCGAACCCCAUAUUCCAGAUCAGCAAUACAGAUCACAUCAUCGACGUGAAUAAAGGGAACAACUUGUUCGAGUACGAUCAAGUGACCAUCAUUUGCCCCAGCUACAACGAGUGGACUAGGGAGGAGGACACCGAGAAAUACAUCAUCUAUAACGUCUCCAAGGAGGAGUACGACACGUGCCGUAUCACUAACCCCAACCCGCGCAUCAUCGCCGUCUGCGACAAGCCGUACAAGCUGAUGUUCUUCACCAUCACGUUCCGGUCGUUCACACCGCAGCCGGGCGGCCUGGAGUUCAGGCCCGGGCAGGACUACUUCUUUAUCUCGCGGUUCAUCGGAAAGAACGCGACAUCCGCCCGGGGCGACAUGCUGCGUCGCAUCGGCGGUCGCUGCUCCACGCACAACAUGAAGGUUGUCUUCAAGGUGUGCUGCAACGAGACGGAGCAGAACCACAUCGUCGACCACGGCACCGGUGCUCUGCCCGGGCCGGGGCCGCAGCAGCCGCUGCCGGCCGACGAGGCGGCGUCGACCGCGACGCCCGACUGGCUGUCGGCGCGGACGACGGCGGUCAGCACGGCGCGCCCGACCACGCGCCACUCGUACAAGGGCACGCACGACCUGUACGGCCUGCACGUGCCUUCCAUCAACGUCAAGGCCACCACUAAAAAGACAGACGAGUUCGACAAAAACAAACACCCGAACGACGGUGUGGCGAAAAAGGGAGGACUUAAGUCGGCGGCUGGGAGCUUGGACUCAUGCGCAGCGCUAGCCGUCAGCAUAGGUCUCCUGUUACUGAGGCUGGUGCCCGGCUGAGUCGCCGACGACGCCAAUAGCCUGUGUAAAUGCGUGUACAGGCGUGCGUGAGCGAGUGAGUGUGGACGCGCUGCAGUGCUGCCAUCGUGGGACAGCUUACGGAAGCUGUGGUUGCGGACACGUUGUCGUGGCGCCUCCAGCGGCUGGGCGGUCGCCGCGUGAAGCUUUACUUUGUGAUUGAGGAUCGGGCUUGAUUGAAGAUUGAAAUUGACGGAUGAUUUUGUGAUGGAAGAUAUUUUGCUGGCCAUGUGUAUGAGGGCCAUUGUGAUACGUUGUACUUGUAUUGUCCUAUCUUGAAUGUUAAAUGAUGAUAAUAGCCUUCCUGCCGCCAGACAUAUUGUAAACCAUGUGGAUAAGUCAGAGCGACGGUAGAUGCUAGUAUUAUCCUACAAGCGGCAAAUCCUGAUUCUCUCUUCUGUGGUGUGUUCACGCUGAGGCACCGCCUCCCUGCUCCGUCGGCGUACUUUCCAGAUUUGCCGUACCGUUCACAUAGCAAGUGCCUACAUCGUCAGGUUUCAAGUGGCCACUCGCAAAUGACGGAGCGCAGCCAUCGUCGGCGUUGUGUUAGUGUUGGACGUUUCGUUGUACUGUUGCGUGUUCUGCCAUCUUCUGCUGUCUCCACCAAUGUUCCUGACGGAUUGCUCAGAGAAUACGUGCUUGAACGAUCAAUAGUUUAUCAGCCGCUCUCGGGCUUGGCCAAAUGUGAACUUAGGUUUUGUCAUCAAAAUGUCGUGUGCCAUAUGACUGUUGUUCUUGUUGCGUUUCGCUUUGUCUCACCUGGAAGCCCGGCGACACAUCAGCUAGAUCGCUUAUCCCAAAGAGGCCGUCAUAUGAUUUAUUUGAUCAACAGCAUCUGCUCCUUUUCUCAAUCGGUUCGGUACGUGUAAGCUUGAUUAGAGGCAACAGCGGAGCGUUUCCUUUCUCAAGGUGCAUCAUCUUUUAUAUCUAGCUUGUACUUGAAUGUAAUAAAUACUUGUCAUCAGAA